AUGGCUACAGGGGAGCAGAGGCAGCAGGAGCGACGCCGCCAGAGGGCUCGGCAGCAAGAGCUGCUCCCGGCAGAGAUCCAGGGCAAGCACCCCCUGCAGAACAGAUGGGCGCUCUGGUUUUUCAAGAAUGACAAGAGCAAGAUGUGGCAGGCAAACCUGCGCCUCGUCACCAAAUUCAGCACUGUGGAGGAUUUCUGGGCGCUGUACACUCACAUCCAGCUCGCCAGCAAGCUCGCAGCUGGCUGUGACUAUUCCCUCUUCAAGGAUGGCAUUGAGCCCAUGUGGGAGGACAGCCAGAACAAGCGCGGUGGGCGCUGGCUCAUCACGCUGGCCAAGCAGCAGCGGCACACCGAGCUGGACCGCUUCUGGCUGGACACACUGCUGUGCCUCAUUGGGGAGAUGUUUGAUGAGUACAGUGACGAGGUGUGCGGGGCCGUCAUCAACAUCCGCACCAAGGGAGACAAGAUUGCCAUCUGGACCCGGGAAGCAGAGAACCAGGAAGGGGUCACCCACAUUGGGCGUGUCUACAAGGAGCACCUGGGUCUGUCACAGAAGGUGGCCAUUGGGUAUCAGGCUCAUGCAGAUACAGCCACCAAGAGCGGCUCCCUUGCCAAGACCAAGUUUGUGGUGUGA